AUGAUGCGGUUCGACAUUAAAUUUUGCAUCGUUCUUUUUGCUUUGGUUUCGGUAGCAUCCUUGGGGCAACGUAUUGAAGAGGAUUGUACUGCUAGCAGUGAACCUGCUGAAAAUUGUUUUCAAUAUAUUUUUUCGGUCUGCAAGAAUACAAAAUUCAUCGUGGAUCGUCUCUCCUAUGGCAACAGUUGUUCCAAUAUAUCUCUCUUUUGGGGUGGACCGAUGAACAAUAUGACCAUUUUUUUUGACAGCCAUUCGUUAAAAUCGUACGAGCUCUGUAUUUCCCAGGUGGCAUGUACGAAAGCAUUCUACACAACUGAAGAUAGACACGAAAUUCCGAUCGAAUGGAAUCCAUCGAAUGAGGAACCUGUUUGCUUUCCAACACUGAAUGGUAAUAGACCAGCAAUGAGAUUUCGAUUUGAUGCUGGAGAUCGAUGGAUUUGCUAUGGUACUACUAUUAAUUUCUUUUAUAAAGUUUAA